ACAGAGCAUAACUUACACAAAACAAAACAAAACAAAACAAAACAAAAAAAGCUUUUUAUUCGAACAAUCUUCAAACUAUUUGUACCUUAUCCUUACAAGAAUCGAAACGUACAUCUGUUCUUACAGUAUCCAGUGAGAUAGUUUGGUUUUUAACAGUAUUUUCACUUUCUAGAAGUUAAGGCGGAGUUAUUUUUUUUCUUCUUUUUCUAAUGGAUAAUAACGAUGAGAUAAUGCUGGCGGAGAUGACGCCGAAGAGGCGUGCGGGAAGGAGAGUGUUCAAGGAGACACGUCACCCAGUUUACAGAGGAAUACGGCGUAGGAACGGCGACAAAUGGGUCUGCGAAGUCCGAGAGCCGAUUCACCAACGCCGCAUUUGGCUCGGGACCUAUCCCACGGCCGAUAUGGCGGCGCGAGCUCACGACGUGGCGGUUCUUGCUCUGCGCGGGAGAUCCGCGUGUUUGAAUUUCGCCGACUCCGCAUGGCGGCUACCGGCGCCGGAAUCAACCGAUCCCGAUGUCAUCAGGAGAGUCGCGGCGGAAGCGGCGGAGAUGUUCAGGCCGACGGAAUACGAUAGUGGAAUUACGGUUUUGCCCUCUUACGGCGAUGAGGUGGACAUGGGUUUCGGUUCUGGUUCGGGAUCGGAGGAGAGGAAUUUGUAUGGAUAUGUGGAACAGGGAGAGGAAGAAGUUUCGACGACGAUGAUGAGACUCGCGACGGAGCCGUUGAUGUCGCCGCCGCGAUCGUACAUGGAAGGCAUGACUUCUAACACUUACAUGGAAGAGGAGAUGUCUUACCAAGAUAUGUCACUGUGGAGUUACAAUUAUUAACCGGAUGUAUACGCAUAUAUUUAAAUGUAUGUUACCGUAUUUGUGUGUCAGUGUGUACAUGAGCAGUAGACCAAUAGUGUGUGAGAUAAAUUGUAAGAUUUUCCUAGUAUUAGAUCCUCUGCUUGAGUUCGAAGGUUCGUGACGGAUUGUAUUAUACUUUAAAAGGUUUUAUAAAAAUGGUUGGGCUUUAUGAA